GAUUAUAAACGGCUCGGUUGGGGGGAAAAGUUGUCAGUCGUUGUCAGUCGUUGUGGAGACUGAAACAGGACGCUUGAGCCACGCUGGUGUGAUUUUUCAGUCACUACGACAGUUCAUGAGCAUUUAAAGUGUUGAAGCUGGCGGAUUAAUCAGCAAUGACCCAACAAGGAGCUGCACUGCAGACAUACAACAAUGAGCUGGUCAAAUGCAUAGAGGAGCUGAACUUCAGGAGGGACGAGCUGAACAAGCAGAUCCAGUAUGAGGAAGAGGAGAAGACCCGUCUCCAGCACGACAUCCGUGUGCUCACGGAGAAGUUAAACCGCGUGUCCGAGAGUCUAGAUCGUCGUCUCGCUACCCGUAACGAACUGGAAAAGACCGUUGCCGAGACGGAAGCUGCGUACAUGAAGAUUUUAGAAAGUUCUCAGACUCUAUUAAGCGUUUUAAAGAAGGAGACCGGGAACCUCAGCAAAGCCACGGAACCCAGGAACAGCAAAGACCGCUUACCUCUAUAGUCUUUUUUUUUUUUUUUUUUUUUUGUUUUGGUUUUGUUUUGUUUUUUUUUCUCUCUCUCUCCCUCUCCACCUCUCCUUUCUUCACUCUGUUCAACCCUUUCAUUAUGCUGAUAUUUUAAUAUUAAAUUCCUUCCCUACUAUGCUGCAACUCGCUGUAUUUAAAUGCCACUUUUUUAAUAAAGGUUAAUUCCACUCAUA